UAAAAUGACUCCUCGUAAUUUCAGUCCUUUAAUUAAUACAACAGCCGUGCUGCAUCCACACCUCUGUGAGCAUAUUUUGUUAAGAAAAUGAAGCUGUUCUGUGAAUUUUCUCUGUAUGUUGUUGUAACUGUUCUUGGAGCGGGAUUGGGGUCGGCAGGAGAAGAAAAAUAUUUUGACUGCAGCGUCUACUCUGAUAAAAAGGAUCUUCCGACUAAGAACGUGGACUGUACUCACGACUUCGUGGAUGACAAGUUUUACUGUAAGUCCUGGGAAUGCCCGACUCUCGACUGUCCGGAGGAGGAACAAGUUUCUUCAUCAGAAGGUUCCUGUUCCGUCUGUCCAGGAACCUGCCUAAGUGGAGAUAAAAUAAUCAAAGUGGGAGAAUAUGACACCUGUUUUGAUGGAGUCAACAGAUGUGGAUGUUUAACCACUGGAAAAGGGAUUACCACUCUAAUGGCAACCAAUAAGAUAGCUCUCUGUGGCGCACCAUCUCCCUCAGAUUGAUUUUUAAAUAAAGGAUUGGAUAGUU